UUUUUUGAGAGAUAACAUUUGCUCCCAAAGUUUAUCAUAACUUUAUAAUAUUAUGAUGGACUUGUAGAAAAAAUAAUCCCCGCGUUCUUAGACUCCAUACCCGCAUAUACUGGUACUGAUUAGUGUAGACAUGUAGAAGACCACCAAUAUAUUUAAACAUCUUGGGAUACAAACAAUAGAAGUGAAAUAAAAAAAAUUAAUUAACCCUUAUAGCCUUUAAAUAGGUUCUUUAUUUUUUUUACAACCCAUUCUACUCUUCACUCUUUAUAAAAAAUAAUAGCUCUUCUAAAAAUCCUCUCAAAUAGCUCCAAGAACCAUUUCAAAGGAAUGCUCAAAGUGGGAACUAAAGAUUAUUGGAGGGGAUUUUAGUUUGGGCAUCACUAUUGAAUGUAUGCUCGUGACCAUUGGGGAUGCGACAACCACAUUGACGACAACCUCCUUGUUCGAAAAACUGCAACUGUUGAGGUAGUGCGUGACAUGUCCAAUUACGAAGGUGAUACCGUCACUAGGGGAGUCCAAGAUAUCCUUCGGGGUGUAACUCAAUUUAUGGUCUCCCAACUUAAUUCUUCAAAUUUACAAGAGAAGUUGGCUACCGCAGAAGCAGCCCUUGAAGAGCAGAAGAAGUUCUCUGCUCUUUCGGAUAAAAAGUGUAAGCAUGACAAAGGUGAACUUGAGGACAUUCUCCAUAAGAGGCUGACGGAACUCAGUGAUGCGCAAACACAGCUGGAGGAGAGAAAGGGUCAAGCGAAUUAUUACAUUGAUCAGAACUUUGCUCUUGCGAAGAAGAAUACGGCGCUAGAGAAGGCACUAAAGAAGGACGCUAAAGAAUAUGAUUCAACGGUUAAGGCAUUGAAGGACAUUAUUCAGAAGCAUGAGGAGAGGGCAGCGAAAGACCGUCAGAAAUACAAGCGUGUCUUUGAUGACUAAUUUUAUCAGUUGUGGAAAAAUAACCAAAAUCUUGACCUUUCGCACAUGCUUCCCCAGACUAGAGAUAAGGAGCUUAUGAAGUGCAAGGCAGGACUCCUUCGAGAAGCCACGCUUCCUCCCACUACUAACAUUCCUGGUGCUGCUACUUCUAUGGACUCGCCUGAAGAUACUCUUCCUUGAGAGUUUUAGCAUAUGUGUUAUUUAUCCUGAGCGCAUGUGCUCCUUAUUUUUAUUACUCUUUAGACAACUUGCAUGGGUAAUUUGUGUUUUUCUUUUCUUGGUUACUUUACAUCCAAGUACUUGACACACUCUAAUUUUCUAAGUUAUCCUUAGUUAAAUACUAAUUAAAUGAGUUUGCUCUUUAAGCUCU